ACCUGACCCGUCCAACACGAAAAAUAGAAAGCAUUCUGAAUUCGUCAGUGCUCGAGGCUCGAACGACAGCGGCAGUGCGAGCGAUGAAGUGCGCAAUAGUUGCUAUAUUGGAGAAUGGCAGCUGGAUAUACUGAUUUAAGGCAGAAGUUACAAUUUAAGCAGAAAAAUGCUAGACCACAUGACAAGAAAAAGAAGUAUCCGAAUACCAAUCAGUAUUUACCACAUCACAGUGUCGAUGACAAUUUGGUAUUACUGAAGCAAAUACAUACUGGCAUUCAACAACGUCGAUUGUUUGACAGUGAAGAAUGUGAUGCAAUAGAGAGAAAAAUUGACGAAGUUGUCAAACUUGCAGAUCAGGGCAAAUACAAACAAUGCACAGUGGAUCGAGCCCCUCUCAGAAGCAAGUACUUCUUUGGAGAAGGCUAUACUUAUGGUUCUCAGCUAUCAAAACGAGGGCCUGGUAUGGAACGAUUGUACCCUGAGGGGGAAGUUGAUCCAAUACCUGAAUGGGUUCAUCAAUUAGUAAUUAGGCCACUUGUGAAAGCUGGAAUUGUUCCUGAAGGUUUUAUAAAUUCUGCUGUCAUCAAUGAUUACCAGCCAGGGGGUUGUAUUGUGUCCCACAUUGACCCAAUUCAUAUAUUUGACAGGCCAAUUGUUUCUGCAUCCUUCAUGAGUGACAGUGCUCUGAGUUUUGGUUGCAAAUUUACUUUCAAACCAAUAAGAGUCUCCAAACCUAUAUUGUGUUUACCGUUAUCGAGAGGCUGUGUGACAGUGCUUAGUGGAUUUGCAGCCGAUGAAAUCACUCAUUGUGUGCGCCCAGAAGAUACAGUAGCUAGGAGAGCUGUCAUCCUCCUUAGGAGGGUUUUUCCUGAUGCACCACGUCUUAGUGCAGAUGAAUUGUUACCUUCGUUAGGAACUUUACCAAUUACAAAACAUCAGGACAUCAAUGGCCUGUCCAGGCCUGAUGGAAAAAGCCACUCUCGGAAGAGAGUUAUUGUGGUCAGCAGUUCCCUACAUCCUCAGCAAAAUUCAGAAGACAGUGAUGUAGAUGAUAUAGAGCAAGAUCCUAGGGAUCACAAGCGUCAAAGAUUUCAAAGAGAAUCAAGCCCAAGUUCCAGUAGCACUAGUAGUAGUAGUAGUAGUAGUUGCAGUUCAAGCAGCAGCAACAGCAACAGCAACAACAGCAGCGCUACCACCACCACCAACAUCGCCACUACCAUCACCACAAUCGCCACUACAAACAACAGCAGCUCCAAUUCGGAAAGCAAUGAGAAAUGCAACAAUAACAUAAACAAUGACAGCAAUAGUAAUAAUGAUAGCAGAGACCUAAAAAAUUGUGAAAAUUGAUGGUAUUGUGAUCAUAAAAAUUAGCUAUGUUAAUUCUGGCAUGAACUUGCCUACUUUUCCAUUUCAAGGAACGCUUGGUUUGCUAUGUCAUAACGUCUGCUUUCUGGUAAGUUGAUUGGUUGUAGCAAUCAAAGGCUGUGAAAACAAAUUUAGCUAUUAGAUCAUGUAGACAACUGUCAGAAUAAUUUAUUUGUAAAUGCAGAUUAUAUUGAUGAACCCUGUUGUAUGAAAAGGUUCAAUAGUUUCUUUUCAGGGGUCAUCAUUCAUUUUUCAUGGCCUCUGCAGACCAGAGGCAUGUUGAUUGGAUUAAAAAACUGUUCAGUGCCUGUGAAUGUGCAACCAGGAGAUCUUUCUUAUUUUGCUUGGCUCAUAAUAUUAGCUUCUACUAGUACUUUCUAUUUGCCUUCAUUUGCUUCGUUAUGUUGUUAAUGUUCAUUGUAUUGCUGUUUAUAUGAAUAUCAAAGUAUUUUUUUCAACACAAGCUUUGUCCUGAUAUUGCUAAACAUUACCAAUUUCUUUUUCUUUUUUUAAUAUAAUUUUUUUUACAAGUGAACUUCCCAAACCUCACAGUAGUUUCCAUUUAACUUUUGUUGAUGUUCUUAGAGAUUUCUCCCUUCAGAACAGUACCUGUAUAUUUUGAAGUAGCCAUCUAAGAAGUGUACAUAAUUCACGAGUUGGAAAAUAUUGCCUUAUGUGCUUUGAGGGUAUGCAUUGGUAUUAAAACACCUAAAAGUGGUUUGUUCAUAAGUCUUUUGUGUAAUAAAAUAAGAGUUUUGUACAAAAGUUAUAUUUAUGAUCACUGUAAAUAAGUAUUGUACAGUUAGGAAGAAUUUCAUAAUUUCUCAAGAAACCUGAAGAGAUCAAACUGAGAGAUCAAGAUGUUUUAUUGUUACCAAUAGAUAAUGCCAUAGAAAAUGUUGAUGUACUUAUCUCAUUUAGCAUGCCUUUCAGAGUCAAACGAGAAAGAUAAAAAUAAUAAAAAAUAAUUUUUAAAAGCAAAGUUGUUAAUAUACAGUUGUUCAUGAUUGGAAAAUAAAUUGUGUACAAUGUAUUUUUGUCUGCUUGGACCUACAUACUCAUUACGAAAUACAGAUUUUGAUCGGUCUCUAAUUAUUUUCUUUGUUAAAUUUUGUAUCCACAGCAGUAUUUAUUAAAUUAGUAAUUGUUUUAACA